AUGUCGAGCAUCUGGACGACCGAUGGACAAAUCAAGGUUAUCAAGGGCCAGGGAAUGCCCUCUUUCCGCCACCACGAUUUCGGCAACCUCUAUAUUCAAUUCAAUGUCAAGUUCCCCGAUGCGGAACAGAUUCGUAAUGUUGAACUUCUGGAACAGGUGCUGCCACCUCGUCUCCCACAACCACAGCCUCCUGCCGACUCCAUGGUAGAAGAUUUCCACCUCGAGGAUAUUGAGGAUAGUGGCCAGGCGAGAGCACAGGGAGCCGCACACAUGGGUGAUGAGGAAGAUGAUGAAAUCCCACCCGGCGCCGAGCGGAUGCAGUGCGCGUCCCAGUAA